AGGUGUGAACCUGUAGGAACCCACCUCUGCCUUGGUGGUUCCUUCAUUAGGCUGUUGUUUAGUGUUUGAUUGUUGGUCUGAAUUGGUAGUUCCUUGAUUGGAUUAUUGUUUAAUGUUUGCUUGUUGAUCUACUAGUAAUCUCUGUGUUAAUCUCUGUAUAUUUGGGUACUGAUUGCUGCCCAAGAGGUGUUGUGCUCUUUUAGCUUUAUCUUUGCCUCUUUUGAAUGGUAUGUUGCUGUGGUUUAUCUCUAUGUGUCUGUUGAUGGCUGCUUUGUCAGAGCGCCAGGAUUCCAGGAAUUCUCUAGAGUUUUUGGAUUUAACUAGAUCUAGACACGAAGUCAACUACAGCUGGUUCCCAUGAUGGAAUAUUCCUUCUGCAUUAAAAAAAAAUAGUCCACAGAAAAGAUUCCCAGCAUAUUUUCCACUUCUUCCGAUGGGCUGAUGGGAAGCUUCUACAAGACUCAUGUCUGCCUCCAGUUUGAAGGACUUCAGCGCAAGCAUCAUUUUGCAUCUUUAAGGCACUUCGGGCCUGUAAAACGUGCUUCUUUCAUUUUAUGGCAGCGGCAAAGCCUCCCACCAGUGACAACGCACAACAUGAUCGAUGACUCCGGCGACCCCAUCCUGAGCACCAUCAGACGCAUCGGUUUGUUCAAUAACCGAACGGACCGAAUUAAGGUAAUCCUGCAUCCCGAAUUUCUUUCCUCGACGAGUCCAUUAUUACCAAUGGACUAUGAAGAGUUUGUCAGAGGCUGCCAUCUUGGCGUCUUUCCAUCGUAUUAUGAACCUUGGGGGUAUACGCCAGGUGAGGAGGUUGAAUCAUUUUUGGAUAUCGCUUAUUAAUGAUUGCCAGUCCUCCUUCCUUCCCCCC